AUGUCGGACUCUGACGACAAGCCUACGGGCGUGCUGCAUGCCGACCACGAGGUCGAAAAGAUCGACGUCCACCAGUCGGAGAAGAUCUUCGAUAACACGGAUCUCAUGAAUGAUGCCUUCGAGGGCGAGAACCAGGAGCAUGCGAUGGGCGUGUGGGAGGCCGUCAAGAGUCACCCCUGGGCCUGCUUGUGGGCCUUUACUAUGUGCUUUACUAUUGUCAUGGAAUCCUUCGACAUGUUCCUCAACGGCAAUUUCGUCGCCCUGCCCGCCUUCCAACAGCGCUACGGCGUGCAGGUAGCGGACAACGCCUGGGUCAUCCCGACCCGCUGGCAGAGCGCGCUGUUCCAGUCCGGCCAAUGCGGUGCCUUCGUCGGCGUGUUCCUCGCCGGCCCCAUCACCAACCGGAUCGGCUACCGCUGGACGACCAUCCUGGGCCUGAUCCUGAUGAACGCCACCAUUUUUGUCUCCUUCUUCGUAAGUGUACCGGCCCCACCUCCGCCGCCUACCGUGCGGUGGUGGAGCUUAAUUCGACCUUUUCCUGUGAUGUCGACUAACCCGUGCCCCUCUCUGCAGGCGGACUCCCUCACCCUCCUCGUCGUCGGACAAGCGCUGGAGGGUGUACCGUGGGGCUUCUUCAUUGCCAAUGCCCCUGCGUACGCGUCUGAGGUGGUCCCGCUCUCCCUGCGUGGUGCUUGCACGGCUACGCUGCAGAUGAGUUGGUCGAUCGGUUCGAUUAUUGUCGCGGCCGCCACGUAUGGCUAUAACAAGCGGGAGGACGAGUGGUCGUGGCGUGUGCCUUUGGCCCUGCAGUGGAUUUUCCCCACUCCCCUUCUGAUCCUGCUCUUCCUUGCCCCUGAAUCCCCCUGGUGGCUCAUCCGCCGCGGCCGCAAGGCAGAGGCCCUCCGCUCCAUCGAGCGCCUCGGCGACGGAAACCACGAGAACGCGCAGAAGUCGCUGGCCAUGAUAGAGCGCACGGUCAAGAUCGAGGAGCAGAUGGGCGGGAGCCCGACCCUGCUGGACUUGCUCAAAGGCACCGACUUGCGCCGCACGAUUAUUACCUGCCUGAUGUAUGCGUCGCAGAACUUUGCGGGCAAUUUGAUUGCGAACCAGGCUACUUUCUUCUUUGAGCAGGCCGGCAUCUCCCCGGACAAGUCCUUCCAGCUCAACCUCAUCAACUCCUGUCUCCAAUUCGUCGCCAAUGCCCUCUCGUGGUUCCUGACCGCCUGGUUCGGCCGCCGCACCAUCUAUCUGUGGGGCACCGCCACCAACGUCGCCUUCCUCUUCAUUCUGGGCAUCGUCGCCUCCGUGCACCAAACCUCCGCCACCAACUACGCCCAGGCCAUCCUGGGCAUCAUCAUCUCGUUUGUCUUCGCCGGCACCCUCGGCCCCAUCUCCUACACCAUUAUCUCGGAGACCUCGUCGGUGCGCCUGCGCGCGCUCAGCACGGGCGUGGGUCGUGCGGCAUACUACGUCGCCGAGAUCCCGAUGAUCUACCUCGCGAGCCAGAUGCUGAACGGCACGGGUUGGAACCUGGCCGGGAAGUGCGGCUAUGUCUGGGGCAGCACGGCGUGUGUGUGCUGGAUGAUGGCGUACUUCUUCUUGCCCGAGCUGAAGAACCGCUCGUACCGCGAGGCGGAUAUCCUGUUUAACCGGAAGGUGCCGGCGCGCAAGUUCAAGACGACGGUGAUCGACGUGCGCGACAACGAGUAG